CAUAUUAACUUCCUUGGGCUCCAACCAUAUUUAUAACAACUAUAUAUGUCAAAUGUGUUGGACAUAUAUAUCAUAUAGUUUCAACUCUCUCUUUCUCUCUCUCUCUCUCUCUCUCUCUCUGGUGUAUGUGUGUGUGUGUGUGUUUGUGAAUCAUCAAAUUCCUCACUGCCUAGAUGCAUGUUUAUGUGGCAACAUCAUUGGACCUAAAUUGGCUUCUUGGGUUGUUUGGUUCCGCAGAAAAGAAAAAACACAUUUCUGAUCAUAGUAGCAACAAAGUUGAUGAAUCUUGGUCUUCACUAUACAUCUUGUUAAUAAUUGUGAUUGGCUUUGUGUUGUUACACUUGCAUCGGUUGAGAGAAAACAGAGAUCUCAAAUACAAUAACAAUGAGGUUGCCCACGAAGAGCCGGAGCGCUCCAUCGAUGAAUCAGACCGUGAUUUUGAUCGGGAUCAGCAGCUUAGUCUCCGGACUGAUGAGCACGGUGGCGCCACGGCUAGAAGACAAGCUGCGUGUGUCUUUUGUGGUAAUCUUAGCUCCACAAGGUGCUCUCGCUGCAAGGUUGCUAGAUAUUGCUCAGCGGAAUGCCAAAUUGGACAUUGGAGGUUAGGGCAUAGAUAUGAAUGCUUUGAAAUAGAGAUUGAAGAAGGUCAAGAAAGGCAUAUUCAUGAUCAUGGAACCUCUAUGAUCAUUGUCGAAAAGCAUGAUAACGAGAAUAUCCCAAAUGGGUCAGAUGGUAAUGGAGUGGGGAUGAGUUCAAAUGUGGGAAUGAACGAUGGAUCAAGUAGCAGUGAUGUUAACAAAUCUCAAUUUGGUUGUGAAGAAUGUGGUAGCCCAAGUACCACGAGAUGUUCACGAUGCAAAGUCGUCAGAUAUUGCUCUACAAAGUGCUUGAUUAAGAAUUGGAGAUGGCAUAAAUAUAACUGCAUUACAGGGGAUGUGAGUUCAGCUCCAACAGAAACACCUAAUACAAAUGUUGAAGUACUGCUCAAGCAUUUAAAGGAAGAGGAAGAGAAUAUUCAUUCACCUACUCCCCUCUAUUUGAAGCUUCAUCCAGAGGAAACCUCAAAAUUGAAGUCUCCAUCUAAAGCAUCACAGGUUACUACAAAGGAUGCACAAGUUCAUAAAAUUCAAUGGGAGAAAUACCUUAAAGAUGAACUACUGAAGUCAAGGAAAGAGAUUUUCUUACUACAGUCCGUGCGAGACGAUUGGAAGAAGCGAGCAAAUUUCGCUAGAGAAAGGUUUCAAAGCUUCAAGGAAGAAUCUGAACAACAAAUGUCUGUGUUGAGAAAUGAAAAUGAGUCAAUAUCAAAUGCUGAGAAGAAAGCUUGCAAUAUGAUUCAUAGUUUGCAUGAGAGGCUAAACCAAAUGCAGGUUGUGAAUGUGACUAUUGCAGUACAAGAAAACAUUGCAGAGAAAAGAAGGCUAGAAGAACAACUACAAAUGGUAGAGAGUGAACGUGCUAAGUUAAAGACAGAACUACAAGAAGAGCAUAAUCAUGCACAAUAUCUUACACUAGAGUCUAAAAAGAAUCACGAGAUUGCACAAAUCGCCAUUAAAGAAGUUGAAGCGGUGAGACAAGAGCUUCUAGAAGAACGUGAACAUGUCCAACGAGUUAAAGAGAAUGUCAAUAGAGAUGUUAAAUUUGCUGAAUCUAGAGCUGCUUUUGCUGAGUCGAAACUCAAUGAUCUUCAAAGCAAAAUCAGACCUACAAAUUAUAAGGUUCCUGUCAAGACAGACAGUUUUGGCAGACCUUCAUAUAUGGCAUGCACUAUAUGUUUGACCAAUGAAAAGGACAUGGCAUUUGGGUGUGGACACAUGACUUGCAGAGACUGUGGAUCAAAAUUAUCAAAGUGCCCUAUAUGUCGUGAGCAGAUCACAAAUCAUAUUAGGCUGUUUCCUGGGUGAUUGGGUUUAUUUGAGUGCUCAUAUAUUAUUUUCUCACGAGCUCCAAAUAUAUUUUGUACAUAGAUUCACAUAGUGUUACAUGCAGUCUCCACCAAACUUUUUUUAUAGUUCUAAAUAUGUACUCUCAAGUUAUUCAUAUUUUGCUCUAACUAUUGUUACAUAAUUUUUACUUGAUGUUGCAUUGUUCAACUAAAUAGUCAGUUAGAUUGUACAUCAAAGCACGUAUUAUGUACAAUUAAAGAAUAAGAAACAAAAGUCAUCUAAGCCAUUCAUAGUUGUUGUAGAUUGGUGGUUUAGUUGUAUUGCUUA